AUGCAGCUUCUUCAAGUUGUAGCGCUCUGCAUGAGCAUCGCAGCAACCAGCGUACACUCCGCCGCUGUACCCGGUACAGUAGUUGGCAUAACACCACGAGACGCCUACGUGACCGAGGCGGACCUCCAACUGCGUCAAUUGGAGAAACGAGAUCUACCACCCUGCGGCAAGAAAUGGGUGACUCCAGGAGGUCAAGACCCACCGCAAAAUGUCAUUGACGACGCGGGAUACUGCAUGUCCCACUCGUGUCCCAAGUAUAAGAAAGGGUGGAAGCACGAGAUUUGUGGAUAUAGAUAUGAGAAUUGUAUUCGACUUGACGUCGGCGUAACCUUGAAAAACGACGGCUUCCACAAACAAGGCCACUGGUACGGUGAAGAUGGAACCCAACUCGUCGCCUUCCGCUACUGGCAAGAACAAGUCGUCUUCCGAGGUCCCAACGGCAGCGGAAAAGUAUACCUCGCGCACGGCAGUACGUGGACAUGCGUCAAAGGGCAGAUGAAUGCCUAUUUGGAAGAUGCUCACGAGACGCUGUAUGGGAAUUCGAAAGAUAAUUGGGAUCAAGUUUGGGGAGGACCGUGUAAAUGUUAUUUUGAUUUGAGUACGGAUAUGGGAUUUUAUGUGGCGCAUUGA